AUGGACAGUUGCGAAGAGGAAUGCGAUCUGGAAGUUGACAGUGACGAAGAAGAUCAACUUUUUGGUGAAAAGUGCAUUUCCCUGCUCUCAAGUCUUCUACCACUUUCCUCGUCCACACUUUUGAGCAACGCUAUUAAUUUGGAACUCGACGAAGUUGAACGGCCUCCUCCGUUGUUGAACGUGCUCGAAGAGCAACAGUUUCCGAAGGUUUGUGCUAAUAUUGAAGAGGAGAACGAGUUAGAAGCCGAUACAGAAGAGGAUAUUGCUGAGACGGCAGAUGACGAAGAAUCUAAAGAUCCUGUAGAAAAAACUGAAAAUUUCGAGCCGUCUGUCACCAUGGACACUUACGACUUCCCGGAUCCUUAUCCGGUGCAGAUUCGAGCCAGACCACAGGUUCCACCGAAACCACCAAUCGACACUGUUAGAUAUAGUAUGAAUAAUAUUAAAGAAUCCGCAGAUUGGCAGUUGGAUGAACUUCUUGAAGAAUUGGAAGCUCUUGAAACUCAACUCAACUCUAGUAAUGGUGGAGAUCAACUUUUACUUGGAGUGUCCGGGAUUCCAGCUUCUUCUAGCCGGGAAAAUGUGAAGUCAAUAUCCACACUGCCACCUCCACCACCGGCUCUUUCUUAUCACCAAACUCCACAACAACCUCAACUUUUACAUCAUCACAAUAAUCAUUUGGGUUAUCAGAAUGGUAUUCAUCAGAUAACCUCCAUCAACUCAGCUGCUUCAUCAUGCUCUUCUCCAGACGGUGAUUCUGCAUUUGGUGACUCAAGUUCAACUGAAUCCUCCAAUAACAGAUGCCGUAAUUCGGCAUUCUCAUCGAACGACUCGUGCCGCGACUCGCUGAACACUCCGAGCCCCACUCAGGUCUCACCAAGAAAUGGAGAAUUAAAUGCAGAAGAAGCAAAAGCUCAGAAGAUUCGUCAGGCUCUUGAGAAGAUGAAGGAGGCCAAGGUGACCAAGAUUUUUGUGAAAUUUUUUGUGGAAGACGGAGAAGCACUUCAGUUGCUUAUUGAUGAACGAUGGACUGUUGCAGACACUCUGAAACAGUUGGCUGAGAAGAAUCAUAUUGCAUUAAUGGAAGACCAUUGUAUUGUGGAGGAAUACCCCGAACUUUAUAUAAAACGAGUGUACGAAGAUCACGAGAAGGUUGUUGAGAAUAUCCAAAUGUGGGUUCAAGAUUCACCGAACAAGCUUUAUUUCAUGCGUCGCCCGGACAAGUACGCCUUCAUCUCUCGUCCUGAACUCUACCUCCUCACUCCAAAAACUUCUGAUCACAUGGAAAUUCCGUCUGGAGAUCAAUGGACAAUCGAUGUGAAACAAAAGUUUGUCAGUGAAUAUUUCCACCGUGAACCAGUAGUACCACCAGAGAUGGAAGGAUUUUUAUAUUUGAAAUCAGAUGGAAGAAAAUCAUGGAAAAAACAUUAUUUCGUGUUAAGACCAAGUGGUUUGUAUUAUGCACCAAAGAGUAAGAAACCAACAACAAAAGAUUUGACAUGUCUGAUGAAUUUACACUCGAAUCAAGUUUAUACUGGAAUCGGAUGGGAGAAGAAAUACAAAUCACCGACUCCUUGGUGUAUUUCAAUAAAAUUGACUGCAUUGCAAAUGAAGAGAAGUCAAUUUAUUAAAUAUAUUUGUGCUGAGGAUGAGAUGACAUUCAAGAAAUGGCUUGUUGCACUUAGAAUAGCUAAGAAUGGAGCAGAACUUCUUGAGAACUACGAAAGAGCUUGCCAAAUAAGAAGAGAAACUCUUGGACCAGCAUCAAGUAUGUCUGCUGCUUCAUCUUCAACUGCUAUUUCUGAAGUUCCACAUAGUUUGAGUCAUCAUCAGCGUACACCUUCUGUUGCUUCAUCAAUUCAAUUGAGUUCUCAUAUGAUGAAUAAUCCAACGCAUCCUUUAUCAGUGAAUGUCAGGAAUCAGUCACCAGCUUCUUUUUCAGUAAACUCUUGCCAACAAUCUCAUCCAUCUCGAACGUCAGCGAAAUUAGAGAUUCAAUACGAUGAGCAACCGACUGGAACAAUCAAAAGAGCACCUCUAGAUGUGCUCCGUCGAGUAUCAAGAGCUUCCACCUCGUCCCCAACGAUUCCCCAAGAAGAAUCGGAUUCGGACGAAGAGUUUCCAGCGCCACCUCCAGUUGCCUCUGUGAUGAGAAUGCCGCCACCAGUGACUCCACCAAAGCCUUGUACUCCAUUAACUUCUAAGAAAGCACCUCCACCGCCUCCGAAGAGAUCUGACACAACAAAAUUGCAAUCAGCUUCACCUAUGGCCCCGGCGAAAAAUGAUUUGGAAGCUGCGUUGGCGAGAAGGCGUGAGAAAAUGGCAACCAUGGAGUGUUAG